AUGCCACCAAAAAAAGGACGCGGGAAAGAUGUUAUUGAGGAGGAUAACACACCACCAUCCAAUUUGGAAAUACGUCUGCAUUGCGCUGGCUCUGCGAACACACCUGUGCGCACACGCAUGGGCCAUGUAUCGUACAUUCACCCAAAGAGUGGCUUAUUAUAUGUUGUGGGUGGUUGUGAUGUGAUGGGCCUUCCACCCAUACUGAAGUCCCCGCGCCCAGUUGAGCCGCAGGAGCCUUUGCCCUUCGCAGAGUGGUGGGACAGAGAAACACGCAUGUGGGGCGUAGAUCUUGGCGGCAGUGCUGCUUUCAACACGAGUCACAAUAAUAAUAAUAAUAAUAAUAAUAAUAAUAAUAAUAAUAAAGAUAAUAAAGAUGAUAAUAGUGAUAAAGAUAAUAAUAAUAAUAAUGGUAACGGCAGCAAGAAGAACAUUGAUAGUGAUACUAGUAAUACUAAUAAUAAUAAUACCAAGGGCAAAAGCAGUAACAACAAUAGUGGUGAUACUGCGGCUUUGGUUGAUACGCGGCAGUUUUCUAUUAAACACCAUCCCGCAAAUGUACCAGGUGGUAUUUCGUGGCCUACACUGGCAGCAUCGGUGGUACAUUGGGGCCCAGUGCGGGGAAGGGUACGUACAACAUUUUCUGCUACUUGUACACCUAAUCCUUCGACGCCACUUGUCCCUUCUCUUCUUCCUCAUAUUGAUGCAAAUGCUGCUACUGCUGUUGCUCCUACUACUACUUGUACAGAUGAUGCUAUUGAUCCUCCAGUCAGUGUUGAGAAUACAGCAGAACAAAAUGAUGAUUGGAGUGGUAAGGGUGGAGUAGGUGAAGAAUCCAAUACCCGGAAUGCAGCUGGAGAGGUGAAUACUUCAGCAGAGCGUGAACAUCCAGUAGUGCUCUUUAUUGGUGGCUGGAAACAUGAUAAUCGUACUUCUCAUGUUAUGGGAGUUGACUUGGAUACUGGUGCGGUAUUGCAAGGUCGUGGUGGUGCAGCCUUUUCACCACUUCCAAUUACAUGCUCUACUGGUAGUGUAUUACAGGAGAAUCUUUAUCUAUUUGGUGGAAACACUACUACUGGUUACUCACCCGCUAUCAAAACACUUGAUCUUUCAAACUGUAAAUGGGGAGAACGAGGAACAGUUGGAAGAAUAACAUCUGCAGGAGGAGGAAGAAUAACAUCCGCAGGAGGAGGAGAUAAACGCAUUGCAGAACCUUCUCCCCGUUCCUCACAUGUGGCUGGUUUGUUGCUGAAUCGCUAUAUGGUCGUGCACGGAGGUAGACGAUUGGCACCAUUUCCAACAGGAUCUUCUACAAGGGGAAAGAAAGUAGAUGCAAAGGCAUUGCAAACAAUCAUCAAACCAGGUCUUGAUUUCUGUAAUGAUGUGGCUGUGUAUGAUGUAAAGAAUGGUCAAUGGGUUAUAUCUGGUAUAAAUGUGGGUAGUAUGGGUCCAGCUCCAAGAUAUGCACAUGCCGCUUGCGUGCUUAGUCCAAGUGAGUUAUUAUUUCAUGGAGGUAUUGGCAUUGAUGGAAAUACACUCUCAGAUGCAUGGAUUUUGCGGCUUCAGGAGAAAAAAGAAUCUACUGUAACUAUUUCAUGGGUUAAACUAAUACCACACGAAGAAGACGUGGAACUUCUUCCCGCCCGCUCUCAUCAUGCACUGGCGAAAGAAGCAGGAGAAGAGCGGCGUGUGUACGUCACGGGUGGUAUUAGUGCACCUGGUAAAGUAGAGGAUGUGUGUAUUAUUGAAAUACCAUCACUGUCGGAAAUGACCGCAGGACAACAGGAACCUCGCAGGCGGACACUCGUGAAGGAGUCGAAACGCUCACGCCCCUAA